AACGGUGUAGUGCGCAGGAGCAGUGGAACUCCACGUGGUCUCAGGGACAGCGUGGAUUUCCAGAAUUUGUUGUGGAAAUGGUGUCGUUUAUUUGUAAUGCAUGCGGUCAAACCGUAAGGAAAACGCAGGUUGAAAAGCACUAUCAGAACGACUGUCGCAACUGUAAUGUUUUGUCGUGUAUCGAUUGUGGAAAGGAUUUUCACGGCGACGAGUAUGUCGGACACACUUCGUGCAUUUCAGAGGCUGAAAAGUACCAAGGCAAACUGUAUAAACCAAAAGAUAAAUCGAACAAAGGCGAGCACAAACAGCAGGAAUGGCUGAAGCAAGUUAGAGAAGCAACAAGAUCAGACAAAGCAGAUCCUAGGCUAACUGUCCUUCUGGAGAGAAUCAGUGAAUAUUCCAAUAUUCCCAGAAAGAAAGCCAAAUUUCAAAAUUUCUGUAAAAACAGUAUCAAUGUACGAGACAGUUCAACUCUGGACAAACUGUGGGAAAUAUUUUCAGAAAGUACAAAGAAAAGUCCACAAGAAAGUGAACCUAACAGCAAUGGUGUACAUGAACCUGAACAAGAGAAAGACAAUGAAAGUCAAGUAGAUGAAGUUGAUAAAGAUUCCAAAAAAACCAAGAAAGAACAAAAAGAUAAUGAACUUGAGAUCCUUAAUGAUGAAGAAGAGUCAAAAGGAAAGAAAAAUAAAAAGUCUAAAGACUCCAAAAAACAAAAAAAGGGAGAAAAAUUAAAAGACAUUGACAUCCAUGAGAGUGUAUGUAAGUCAAAAGGAAAGAAAAGUGAAAAGGACAGUAAUGGAAAUACAGAUAAUAUGGAUGCAAGUCACAAUAGAAACAAAAAGCGACAGAAAAGAAGAAAAAGUGAUGAUGAAGAGGAGAGAGAUGAAUCUCCACAGUCCAAAGUGUCGAAAGCUGAACUAGAAGAAACAGUCCCAGAGAAAACAGAUCACUUCAACUGGAAGUCCACAAUUAAGGCAGUGUUAAGGCAAGCUCCUGAUCAAGAGUUACCGGUAAAAAGAUUGAGAAAAAAGAUAUUGGCAGAAUUUCAAGCAAGAGGAGCCAAUGAAAAAAAUCUGACUGAUAAUGAGCUAAGAGCUUUGUUUGAAAAGAAGAUUACAAAAAACCCAAAAUUUAAAGUCCACAAAGACAGAGUAAAGCUUGUCAAAUAAGGAACUAAUAAAACUAACAACAUGCAUAAUCAAUAUGUUGCUGUCGAUAAGAGACAUAUGACAGCAGGUUACAAGGAUUGGAACAUCUAUAGUAUGUUUUAUUUAUUUUGUUCUAAUAAAUAACUGUUCUUUUACAUACAUGCAUGUACUAUUAACACUUCAACAUUCUUUUGAAAGCAGAAGCAUGCCUACCAGUUCAUUCUGAACUGGUAUUGUGUUUGUAUUUGACUUGUUAAUGAAAGUUUUACGGAAACCUUGUUGUAUUGGCAAAAUAAAAGAAAGGUUCAUUUUUCA